AUGGUGAACCAUGGAAAGAAGGAAGCCUGGAUUAUGGCUCUGGACAAGUUCGGGGAUGCAAAUGGGUUACGGUUUCUUUCUAAGGACAUGUCUUCUUAUUCUGCUUAUCUUACUGGUAAUUAUAGCGCUCAUGGUUCUUGGAGUAGGAUAUCUAUUCAGAAAAAAGACAAGACAUAUGUAGAUGUAAUAGAGGCUUUCAUGCAAAAAAGAAGUAGUAGAGGCAUGAGAGGAGGUUCUUCCUGGUGGUCAAAUCGCAUGGAGCUUGCAACAAUGGCUGUUUGCACAGUAACUGACAUGUAUGCCUGUAUGCUUGAGCAAACUUUUGGAAAGGAAACUGUGGUCGCUUUGCUCAAAUCAAAUGGUGUGCCAGAACUGAAAGCCUCCAUGGAAGAAGUGGUGCAAUAUCUUGAAGUUGGAACCUGGUCCUAUUCUCUGCUGAUUGUUGGAAUCUUCCUUCAUUAG